AUGGACACCGAUUUGCAGAGUGAUUUGGUAUUGAGGCUGCAAGGAGGGGGUGAUGGGGAGAAUAGCAGUCCGGCGGAGGCAGGAGCCUCCACUGGCCACCCCAAGGAUGGAUUCCGACCAUUUCAGGACGCCCAGGGGCGCUGGGUGUUCCAUGAUGAGGACGUGCCUCCGGGGACGGCGGUGGAUUCUACACGCUCCCCACCCAAACCCGCUAGGGGGCUUAGUGAGAGACGGCAACCCGUAGUGCGAAUAGAACGCAUGCCAGAAAGGGUCCCCUCUCUUGGCAGGGAGGAGUUCUUCUCCCCCAUGAGAAUAGACACGGGUGACCUCCCUGGGGACGGAGUAUUUUUCUCUCCGGUGCCAACCGACGGGGAAACCGCCGAAUCCGACGUUUCGCUAACUGCCCAAAUGGCCGCAGGACGGAAGAGGCAGCGAAGCAGUGGUAGCGACACGGGAGCAUCGCCGAGCGGCGAGGCUUCCGAUCUUGCGGAGCGAGGAAAGUCCGCCUCGGGGCCCUCCAAGCGAGGAACAGGCCGCCAACCAUCCACGGCGCGCCACGCCGGGCUAACCAAGGAAAAGGCUAAGCGCCGGGAGCUCGAGCUGCAAACUGAAGAGGACCUGAUGGCCGCGUCCAAAAUGGUGACGCUAAGACGGCUUGCCCGCCAUCCGGAUUCGUUUGGGACGACAAGUGGGUCAGACGACGAAGAAAACCGCACUGUCCUGGCCCUAAACCAGCAGGUGCGUGAUAGUCUGGGGCUUAUCAAGGACGUGGCCACCAAGUCCAAAAACCUAAAGGGCACGUACCAACGAAUCCUGAAGGAGGCUGUGGCUGCGAUCAGGGAAGCUGUCGGUGAGAUGAGGGGCCGGACUGUCUCCGAUGAGACGAGGAGGCUCGCCGCCGAAAACGCUCGCCUUAAGGCGGAAAUGGCCGAGCUCCGUAAGGAGAUGGGCGACUUGCGCACUAGCCUUGGGCAGCGCCUCGAAGGGACGCGCCAAGAGACGACGACAUCACCUGCUCGGGAGCAAGGUGACUUAGAGCGCAAUAUCGUGGCCAAGGUGACUGAAAUGAUGGGUACAAGGUUGAGCGCCCUGGAGGAGAAACUGCUCCCACAGCAACCUACUCAGGUGUCGUCUGCUCCCACACCUUCCAAAGCAGGAAGCUCUCCCCCCGGUCACACUCCAGCUCCUACCAACCCAGCGGCGACGACUGCGAAGCCGCAACAGCCGGCGGCACCGCGGAAAGCGCAAGAAGGGAAGGGUCGCAAUAAGACCAAGGCGCUACUGCGCACCCCGCGGUCAGCCGCCGUAGUCCUCACCCUGGAGACGGGAGCAGAAGAGAGGGGCGUUACCUACGGAACGUUGAUCACGGAGGCCAAGUCCAAAAUUUCCCUGGAUGGGCUCGGUAUCACCGGUCUAAGGUUCCGUAGGGCAGUGACAGGGGCGGCAAUCCUGGAGAUCCCAGGCCCAGACACCACCAGCGGCAACCAAGCAGACUCUCUUGCUGCCAAGUUGAGGGAGACGCUUAAUGUGGCCGACGUCCGCAUCUCUAGGCCGGUAAAAUGCGCGGAGAUGCGCAUUUCCGGCCUGGAUGACUCGGUUACAGAGGAAGAGCUCGCCGCUGCCGUGGCGAAAGUUGGAGGGUGUGCCCUAGAGGCAGUGAAAGUUGGCCGGAUCUCCCGCGCGCCAACAGGCCUGGGCACAGCGUGGGCUCGCUGCCCCGUAGCAGCCGCCAAGAAAGUGGCUGAGGGGCGACUCCUCGUCGGUUGGGCUUCGGCAAACGUGAAGCUGCUGGAGUCCCGACCCCUGAGGUGCUUCCGCUGCCUGGUGCCUGGCCAUGUUAGGAAGGGGUGCACCUCAGAAAUCGACCGCAGUGACCAGUGCUACCGAUGCGGUCAAUCUGGUCACCGGGCCAGGGACUGCACCGCCGCGCCCCACUGCACUCUGUGCACUGCAGCGGGCAAAUCUGCUGACCACAGUGCCGGCAGCAGUACCUGCGCGAUGGGGGCUAAAGCCCCAAAACGCAUGUCCCGGAAGGUGACCAACAAAUCAGGCACCCCUGGAGUGGCGGCGCCUCUGGCUGCACAAGAGGGCCCGAUUAGCAAUGCGCCAAAUGACGAGGUCAACUAA